AUGCUCGGACUCAGUCCUAAGAUAUUUGAAUUAUGUGAUGAAAUAUUAUCUUAUUAUGACAACUUAAACCUUUACGUCUUCUGCGUUUUUUUCUUCUUCUUCCUUUUCUUCUUCUUUUCCUUUUUUAUUUUUUCUUCUUCUUCUUUAUCUUAUUCUUCGCUUUCUCCUUCUUUUUUCUUUUUCUUUCUCUUCUCUUUUUCUUCUUCUCUUCUUCUUUCUCUUCUUGUUUGUCUUCUACUUCUUCUUUUUCUUCUUUAUCUAUUUCUUCUUCUUCUUAGGCUUCUUUUUUCUUCUUUUUUUUCUUCUUCUUUAUCUUGUUCUCUUUCUUCUUUUUCUUUUUCUUCUUCUUUAUCUUCUUCUUCCUUUUCUUCUUUUUCUUCCUUUUCUUUCUCUUCUCCAUUUCUUCUUCUUUAUUUAUCUUCUUGUUCGUUGGCUCCUUUUUUCUUCUUUUUCUUCUUUUUCUUCCUUUUCCUUUUCUUUAUCUUUCUUUUUCUUUCUCUCCUUCUUUUUCCUUAA